AUGUCAACAACUAACAAAAUAGUACGCGUACGGAAACACAUGGAACAACUGAGGAUUGAAGCAGGCGUUGAGAGAAUCAAGGUAUCCAAAGCUGCUUUAAACCUUAUGAAUUACUGGGAGCAGCAUGUCCGAAGUGACCCACUGAUUCUUGGAGUUCUGACUUUGGAGAAUCCUUUCAAGGAAAAGAAAUCCUGCAUCAUCCUCUAG